GAGAAAUCCGGGCCACUGUUCUCGAGCUUGGGUACACCGACAUUGUGUUCUCUUGGAAAACCACAUAUUUACCGCAACAGAAUAAAAUCGCCGUGUAAUACCACGGCGUAUACUUUGGGUCCUGCGAACGAUGCCUCUCGACGGGCACUCGUACCUUGUUGCUCAAGGAUGGUCGGGUACUGGAACAGGCCUUCGCCGUGGCGCAAUCUCCCGCCCUCUGGCCAUCCCUCAAAAGAAAAACCUGGCAGGUCUAGGCAAGGACAGAGACGAAGCGUUUCCCUUCUGGGACCACUUAUUUGCGGCAGCGGCGACCGCUAUCAAGGUCAAGAUCUCGAGCGAUGAUGAAGACAUGGAGGAAGAAGGCACCCGGACAUUUGAACUCAAGCGCACAACGACGGGCAUACUGUCCAAUCGCCGCCCCUUAAUCGGUACCCCCGCGUCCUCGGGCACAGCGACUCCCUCCUCCGAUUCCACCUCCACCUCUCGUCUCAGCCUCAUGGCUCUCGCAAAAAAAGAAGCAGCCAGACGCGGCCUAUACUCUCGAUUCUUCAAAGGCCCUGUCAUAGGCCCAGAUGAUGUGGAGACAGAGAUGAUCAAAACAGAGACAGUGGUGGUCAGACAAAUCGAACGGCCCGUAGGUGCUACAGCAGGCGACAAGGGUAAACAGGCGGAAAAGGAAUACACAGGUUCAGAAGGCGAGCGCACAGCCGGAAGGCCAGAGAAGAAAAAGAAGCGGAAAGUGAAAGAGGUCGAGCAGGAAGAGUCAGAAGAUGAGGCAGAGAGGAGUGAGAAGAAGCGACGGAGAAGGGAGGCGAAACAAGCAGAAAAGUUGGAAAGGAAAAUGAUGAGAAUGGACAAGCGGAAGGCUAAGGAGGAGGCCCGAUGCGAACAGCAUGUUGAGGAAGAAAUGGCUGGUGCCGAUGGCAUUCAAGAGGAGAUGCGACAGACCAAGAAGGAGAAACGGAAGAAACGGGCACCAGAGGAGGAAGAAAACAUACCCGAAGAAAGGAGGCAUCAAAAGGUGGAGAAUAGAGAGCUUAUGGUCGAAGAGGAUCAACCAGCAUAUCAAAGUACAAAGGGUCAAACCCGUCGGAAAGAUGAAGGAGUCGCAAAGGACAUCGAUGCGACUUCCAAGAAAAAGCGGAAGAGGGACAAGGCGUCACGGACAUAGCUAUUCGUUCGUAUCAUACCGCUCAGACUACUCUUCGCGAACUUAUGCAUCGCAUCAUAUCUGUGAAUACGUCCGUGACAAUCAUCUACAUUCGGUAUUCAAUUUAUUCCUGCUCAUUAUUAUACAUUCCGC